UAGUUAAAGUUUUCAACGCAGCUGCAAUUCAGAGUGAGAGAAAGAGAAAAGCAAGCUCUGGAGCUGGUAUUUCAUGAGCCGGACUCAUUUUAAAGGGGUCAUGAAUGCAAGGGCUGGUAUUGGAUUGUCAACUAUUAAAGAUAAAGCAAGCUGCAUUGCCAGUCUCUUGAAAUCAAGCACAGGUUGUUUUAUUUCCAGAAUACUGUAGUUUUUAGAGUUUAAAAUUACCAGUAUGCUGCAUGGGACAUUCCUGAACAAACCAAUUCCUUCCAACCAAAUAGCAAGCAUGUGGACAUUUCUAGAUCUACUUGAGGCUGGAGUUUUUCACUGAAUAGAACAUCAACAUCAUGGACAAUUUAUCUUUACUCGACAUGCUAGAGUGUCCAGUGUGCCUGGAAAAGCUGGAUGUCUCAGCCAAGGUGCUUCCGUGCCAGCACACCUUCUGUAAGUCUUGUCUCCAGAGGAUUUUGAAAUCACACAAGGAGCUGAGAUGCCCUGAAUGUCGAACCCUUGUACUCAGCAAUAUUGAAGAACUGCCUUCCAACCUUUUUUUGAUACGUUUAUUGGAUGGAAUCCGGUUUGGAACAAACAUGAUGAAGUAUGGCUCACUCCAUCGAUCCUCAGCCUUUUCCUCCCCUGCCUCCAUCAGGAAAAUGGGGGGAGGGCCAAAAAACCUAGAGCUUGAUCAAUAUCGGAUGACUUCCAGUCCCAGGAUUCCUUUGGAAGAGGUUCCCCGGGCUAAAGCCUUAUACAGCUACAGAGGACAAAAUCCCGGAGAACUGAGAUUCAACAAAGGAGAUAUUAUUACCUUGUACCGUCAGCUGGAUGAAAACUGGUAUCUAGGAGAAAUUAAUAGGGUCAGCGGAGUGUUUCCAACAAAUGCUGUGCAAAUUAUCAAACAGUUGCCACAGCCGCCACCACUGUGUCGAGCAUUAUAUAAUUUUAAUCUGAAGUCCAAGAAUAAAAAUGAAAAACCAGAUUGCCUCGCUUUUCAUAAGGGUGAUAUAAUCACUAUGAUCAGUCGAAUGGAUGAGAAUUGGGCAGAAGGAAAGUUGGGUGACAGAAUAGGAAUUUUUCCAAUCUUGUUUGUGGAGCCAAAUACAACAGCACAGCAACUUCUUCAGAGGAGCAAAAGUUACCAGUCUUCUCCCUUGAAAUGUGCUUCUCCUUUACAAAGGUUCUUACCUAGAUCAAAAGGUGUAGAGUCACCCACUUUUGGCAAAGGAUCUGAAUCUAGAAGGAAGACGAUGAGACAAUUCUCUAUUACAACUGCCCUAAACACCCUAAACAGGAUGGUCCAUUCACCCACAGCAAGGCAAACUUUGGAUAUCAGUUCUCCUGUGCUCAUCAGUUCUAGCAACCCUUGUGUCACUGCAAAGCACCAAGAGAAAUUAGAAGCCCCAUAUAACAUACCAGACCAGGUCAGCCCUUUCUGUUACACGGAAUCUGAAUCCAUGGGGCAUUCUACAGCCAUUGUCAGUCUUCCUCACUUACAGCAGCAUCUAUCUUUGAAUAUGUCCGUCGCUUUGCACUCCUAUACAGCUCACAGUCCAGAUGAACUCAACCUGCAAAAAGGAGAAGGCGUUCGUGUUUUGGGGAAAUAUCGUGAAGGUUGGCUAAAAGGAAUGUCUCUGAUCACAGGAAAAGUUGGAGUCUUCCCCAGCAAUUAUGUUGCUCCAUUUUUCAGAAAAUCCUCUGGCUUCUCUGAUUCAAAGAUACCCUCCCUUUAUGCAACUUGGACAUUAUCCACUUCCUCACUUUCAUCCCAGGGAAGCAUCUCAGGGAACCGUCCAGGACAAAGCAGACCUUUGAAAUCUCUGGGUUCACCUGUGAGGAAUCUCUCUUUGCCCAGCGCUUCAGGGCACACAGUAUCACUGAGAAGAGGACGGGGUAGCAAUAAGAAGAGUGGAUCUUUACAGAAACCUUUGCAACCAGGAGCCCUUAUUCCUUUAACCAACUCUCUUCAGCGACAUCCUCCAACUCCAGCACGAUCUCAGCAAACUCCAAUAUAUCAAUCUAUUUCCUCUUUGCCCCGAGGAAUUGGCACAGGUGAUACAGGAAUCAAACUGAGCACUUCUCAUAAUCCUUCCUUAGUGCUAUUGCCGCGAAGCGGAACCAGCAGAGCACCUUCUGUGUGUAGCUCAGUCAUUUUGGAUACCAGUGAAGUCCCAAAGAAUGAACUAGCUAUGAAACCACCAGUAUCUGCUCCACCUUCCAUUCUGGUGAAACCAGACACUUUGAAAAACACCACUGAGAAGCAAGUGAAAACAGUUCGAUUUCAGAACUACAGCCCACCACCGUCUAAGAAACAUAAUUCUGUAUCUUCACUGAACCCCUCCAAUAGCAAGCCUGAACAAGGAGUGAUUACAGAAGCAAUGCAAUCAGAAUCAAACAUCAAGAGCCCUGAAAUAUCAGCUUUGUAUUCCCAUCGCAUUAUCUCUAGUUCAGUUCAUCAGAAGAGAAUGUCACAUCACAAGACCUCGCCACUGGAUCUUUCUAGCCAAACUGGUCACCCAACCUUUCCUACAAAAAAGAAUUAUAAUAGCAUCUCUGAGAAUUGAGAAAUUUAACCUUCUUUAAUUGGCUUUGUUUUGGACAUGCAUUAUUACUCAUUGUUUGUAAGGAUCAGCAACCAGAUGGGAGUUAAGUUCUAGGUCUGACCUGCUACCUUUUAAAAUGUUUAAAUUUUACUAAUGGGCUCAGCCUCUUUAGGAGUCUAGAAUCUCACCGAUGAUUACAAGAUUCCACCAACACUAUGGGAAGUUCUUUUUUAUGUGGCUCAGAAGUAAACGUUUUGCUGCAUGAGCCCGCAAUGUUCUUCAGAUGCAAAAACUAUCCCAAUUGUGGUGCCAAUUCUAUGAUCACUGUUAGAUCUAAAAAUAAUAAAGGACUAGGAACAUGAAACCAAUUCAAAAUCCAUAUUGCUCUAAGUUCAAAAUCUUUACAAUUCAUUUGUAAACCAGAACAAAGAGAGUUUUGUUUCACUUUGCUUUGUUUUGUUUUGUAUUCCAACCAGUUUUAAGCAUGGUUUAGCCACCAUCCUUCCCUUACGUCUUUUGAAACUGAACUAGCACAUCUUUCUUAUACCUUAACGUUUCCAUUCGCACUUUCCAUUGACGUUAGAAUUCAGAAUGCUUAUUUUUUUAGAAAUUAAAAAUCAUUCUUGGCUUCAAAAACAUUAUCUCCAAGGGAGGUGAUGGAAUAAAUUCCCUGAGCAAUUCUCACUUAAUAGGAGGACCUAUGAGCUUUUCCUUUUCCCUGCACGCAGGCUCUCACCUGCACAAUGAUUGAUGGAGACCAAUCUCUCAGAUUCUCCCUGACUACCUAGCCUCAGCAAUAAAUAGAAUCAGGAUUCUAUCACAUAAACUAGCUGACUGAUGUUUAGAGUAGCGCUAUAUACACCGUUUGAUUUUGUUCCCUUGAUUAGUUCAAAGGUUGUGCAUUCUAGCCUGAAGUAAACAAGCAAGUUUUGUCAUUGCUCCUGCGGUGUCAUUUCAAUAAAUGUUGGAGCUAACAGUCUUGCAUGAUUGCAUAGAACCAAUGAAACCAAUGCAACACUGGAUGUCUGUAAGUGGUAUACAGUGUAAGGAAAGUUUUCAAGAAUAAGUGCAUGUUCAUCUUGAUGUCUUGCCAAGGGCGAAAUAAUGUAUUCUUCUAGAGCCAUAUCCUAACUGCCUCUAAAUGUAUGGAAAGUAAGAAAAUGUUCCGGUAUUCCACAAAUAGAGCAAAACAGUAAAUCAAGAGAUUAAUAUUUGAUUCCAGACCAAUUCAUGUCUGGAAAAAACCACUUUAGUUUGCAUUCUAAAGGAGCAAAAAAAAUCCCAAAAGCUGCACCCCAGAUUACUAGAUAG